AUGUUGUCCUCUACAACUGUGGUGAGCUCAGGGUUGGGCAGAGAAGCUUGGAAGGGCCAGCCAAUGGGGUGUGUGAACUUGAAUUGGUACCUCCCAUCAACUCCUUGUGUCAAUGAGGAGGUCUUUUGGAGCAUUCUGGAGCAUAUGGGACAAGGAGCAUGGAGGGACUUGGCACAUGGACGCAGCUCAACUGGAUACGCAAAGGAAGAAGGGAGAAGCCAUCUUGAAGACCAGCUCGACCGUCUACUCGACCAACCGGUCGAGUUCCUCAACUCGACCGGCCAAGCUUCAACUCGAUCGAGCUGA